CAGUGUCGUGCGGCGGAAGAGGCCCGAGGAUUUCCGAGGUGAGCGGAAGCGGCCCUGCCGGAGUCGGACGAGCCCGAGGCAUGGCGGAGACGUCCUCAGAGCAGGAGGCGGAGGCCGAGGCGCUGGCCGCGGCGCGGGAGCGGAGCCGGCUCUUCUUGAGCGGCCUGGAGCUGGUGCAGCAGGGCGCCGAAGCGCGCGUCUUCCGCGGCCGCUUUCAGGGCCGCGCGGCCGUGGUGAAGUAUCGCUUCCCCAAGAGCUACCGGCACCCGGCGCUGGAGGCGCGGCUCGGCCGGCGGAGGACUGUGCAGGAGGCGCGGGCGCUGCUCCGCUGCCGUCGCGCGGGUAUAGCUGCCCCGGUUGUCUUCUUCGUGGACUAUGCUUCUAACUGCUUAUAUAUGGAAGAAAUCGAAGACUCAGUGACUGUUCGAGAUUAUAUCCAAUCUACUAUGGAGACCGAAAAAGACCCCCAGUGCCUCCUGGGCUUGGCCAGGAGAAUCGGGCAGGUUCUGGCUAGAAUGCAUGACGAAGACCUCAUUCAUGGGGACCUCACCACCUCCAACAUGCUCCUGAGGCGGCCCCUGGAGCAGCUGCACAUCGUGCUCAUCGACUUCGGGCUGAGUUUUGUUUCGGGACUGCCGGAAGAUAAAGGCGUCGACCUUUAUGUCCUGGAGAAGGCCUUCCUCAGCACCCACCCCCACACCGAGACGGUGUUUGAAGCCUUUCUCAAGAGCUAUGGUACUUCAUCCAAAAAGUCCGGUCCAGUGCUGAAGAAGUUAGAUGAAGUGCGCCUGAGAGGGAGAAAGCGGUCCAUGGUCGGAUAGCAGAGUUGCUAUAAUAACUGUCUCCCGUUCUCCAGGUGCUGCCCUCCUACCUUGACAUCAUCUUCCCGCACGAAGUUCUUCAGCACUCUGGAACCCAGUUCCAUGAUGGCAGUCAGAAUCCCGUCAGGGAUCCCAAAGCCUUCCUCUCUCUGACAUUGCCAACGUGGUAUCACAACGGAUGCCUGGAGUCAGAUCUUCUAGUUUGCUUUGGGUGUCAUAGCCCCCCCCCCCCCCGGGUCUGGCUCAAGAGGCCUCGGGACAGCGUGGCCAAGGGUGAACAACACAGUCCUGAGUCACAACCGGCAUCUCUGAGCUCCACUCUCUUGCUCUGUGAGGAGGGCAAUUGAAGCCACCUGGGAGGCCAUGGACACGUGAAGGGAGAGGAGCCAGGCAGCACCAGCAGGGCCAGAGCUGGGAGGGCCUGACCUGUGUCCUGAGCACCCUAACUGGGAAGAAAUAGGAGGCAAGAAUUCUUCCUCUGUCACAGGCUGUCUCCCAAUGUCCCUCAGCUGCAGGCUGGCUCUGGCUAUCCAUUGGCUGCAGACUGACUCUGGGUGUCCCUCAGCUGCAGGCCGGCCCUGGGUGUCCCUCAGCUGCAGGCUGGCCCUGGGUGUCCCUCAGCUGCAGGCUGGCCCUGGCUAUCCAUUGGCUGCCCGCUGGCCCUGGGUGUCCCUCAGCUCCUGGCUAGAUCUGGAAAUAGGCUCCUGUGCUCACCACGACGUAGUUAUUGUCGCUACAUCUGAGCCACAGGACAGCCCCUUCUGUUCUAAGGCCAGGCACCCCAUUCUACGCUUUCAGCUUGGUCUGGAGCAGGGGAGCCCACUAGGGCUCCUUCUGAUACUCCCUGGUCCCAGCUACGUGCACUUGGACCUUAGGGAGUGGGUCAGUUUGUAUCCGCCCACCUGCCUCGGCCCGAAAGAUCCAAAGGGCCCUUUGCAGGCCUGGCCUCCCCACGAGAGGUUGUCUGCUCCCUUUGAUGAUGCCGAACUGGGCUGACGGGUCAUGGGAGGAGGUUUCGUCACAGCCUGGGACAGGUCCACUGGGAAGUCCCUUGUCCUGGGAUUUACAGGAAUGCUGUAGCUUGACAGGGUUGAGGGUGAGCCUGGGGCUUCUCAUCCGGAGUCCUACCCACUCAAGGCUUCCCAGGCCUGCGAGUUCCAGGAGUCACUGGGACUGUGCUGUCUGUGCCCCCAGGUACUUACUUAGUCUCUUCCUGCAGAUCACUUGGCAUUAUAGACUUAAGUAGAUUUUAUUUUAAAGGGGGCUUUGAAAAAUCACGGGUGAAAUAAAUUUUUGAAAAUUCACUCGCCCCAAGUCAAAGGUAGCUGUAAGAAGAAAUGAACAUCACCAGACAGUGGUGGCGCAGCUUUCAAUCCCAGCACUGAGGAGGCAGAGACAGGGGUAUCUCUGAGUUCGAGACCAGCCUGGUCUACAGAAUGAGUUACAGGACAACCAGGGUUACACAGAGAAAUAAGCAAACAAAGAAUGAAAGAACGUACCACAGGGUCAUGUGAUUCUGGCAAGAGACCAAAUUCUACAGCCCCAAUCCAAGUCUGCCAUUUCAGUUCUCAAGAGCCUGAGGCAGGAGGAUUGCCGUAAGUUCAAGACCAACCUGAUCUGCAAAUCUGUCAGUGAAGUCAAUGCCUAUGUAAAUUGGAAGAAUGAAUUUGUUCCCAGGCGCCCACAUAAAAAGCCAAAAAGCCCUGCAAUCCUGGUGCCAGGGAGGCAGAAACAGGAGGAUCUUUGUGCCAGUCAGCCUGGCCUAAUUGGUGAGCCUUGGGUCCCAGUGAGACAUCAAUCACAAAAACUAAAGAGUAAUUGAGCAAGUUACCAAUACCCAGUGUCAACCUCUGCCCUCCACACACGUGCACACACACCCAUAUGAGCAUGUGUACACCCCCCCCAUACACUUGGAUACAUGAUGCUCAAAGCAGCACCAUUCUGAUCAGCCAAAAAUCCAGAUCAUCCUAAUGUAUGCCAUCGGAUGAAUGAGUGUUACAUCACCAGUGAACUAUCAUUUAGCCAUGAAGAGGAGCGAAGUGCAUGCUAAGACGGGGUACACAUGGAGAGUAUGUUGAGGGGGAACACUAGUUGAGUGGGGACACUAGCUGUCCAGGCAGAGCUCUAGAGAUGGGAAGUAGGCUCCCAGUUUCCAGAGGCUGGGGGAUGACUGUUCGCAGUGUGGAACUUCAUUGGGGGAGGGGGGGUGCGAGCAUCUCUAAAUCUCCCAGGAGUUCCCACAUGCAAGCAAGGUUGGGGAUCACAGUGUUGGACGUUUUUUCAAGGGUGCUGUGGUGGGGAUCAGCUUGGAGGGUGAGCACACGCAACCUAUUGAAGUUUACAAUACCUGCCAAAACCUGGGGUGUAGAGACACGCACUGGCUGCAACGGCCCUGUCCCAUGCUAUCACUGACGUCAGUGACCUCACACCUAAGAAACACACACAUAACUGUCCCUUGGUGUCUGUGGUUCUGGAACCAUGAUGGGUGGUUGACAUGACAUGGGGACAUCAUGAGCUUGUGAGUAUAGAGGGCCAGCCACAUUGGGUCAUGGCUGUACAGGGCUCUGCAUGUGAAUUCAGGCUAUACUACUGUGCUUUGAAUCCCCAUUUUGUGUUCUUGAAUAUGUUCUGUAAGCUCUUUGUAUCAGUCUCCUCUGUAAAAUGAGGCAUCUGAGGAUCAGUUUCAAUGGCUUAAUUGAAUUUUCUAUCCCACCAGCCAGCAAAUAAA